UUUAUUUUUAUAUAUGUACAAAACAUUGAAAUGUGAUUCAUAGUUACACUUACACCAUGCUUUUAAAAUACAACACACAGAUACACAGUGAGUCAGUCAGUACAAAGCAGGUGCUGGUUCCCUCUGUAUGUCUGCUGGUAGAGCUGACUGUGUGCUGACAGCCUCAGCAGACUGUUUCCUCCUGGGCGUGCCUGGCUUUCACUUCUGUCUGCUUUGCUGAACUCUUCGGCCAUCGUCCAAACUUUGUGGCUUGACUGUUUGGUGACUGGAUCCUCCUCAUGAGUUUCUACAGCGAUGCGUCCGCUGAGGACAUGAGUGACGAGCUGGAGACUUUGGGGUGGUACCACUACGACCUGUCCCGCCAUGCUGCAGAGGCCCUCCUCUUGUCCAAUGGCAGUGAUGGAAGUUACCUCCUGCGAAACAGUAAUGAGGGACCAGGCUGCUUCGCACUGUCUGUCAGGGCGAAGGAUUCCGUCAAGCAUUUCCACGUGACACGCAAAGACCGCGGCUACGUGUUCGGCUUCAACGAGUUCACCACCCUCCACGAUUUUGUCAACCAUUUCGCCAACCAGCCUCUGCUGGGCAGUGACACAGGAACCCUCAUUGUGCUGAAGUGUCCGUAUCCGUGGCGUGUGGAGGAGCCGUCCAUCUACGAAUCCGUGCGGGUUCACUCGGCCAUACAGACGGGCCGCACGGAACACGAUCUGGUGCCGAGCGCUCCAUCGCUGGGCACAAAGGAAGGCUAUCUGGUGAAACAAGGAGCACUUGUAAAGAACUGGAAGCAGAGGUGGUUCACACUGAACAGAUAUGAGCUCAAGUACUUCAAAGACAAAACGUGCGAGGAGCCAAUCCGAACCCUGGACCUGAGAGCCUGCUCUGCAGUCCAGUUCGACUACUCUCAGGACAGAGUUAACUGUUUCUGCCUGGUGUUUCCAGAGAGAACAUUUUAUCUCUGCACAAAGACGGGCGUGGAGGCGGACGAAUGGAUCAAGAUCCUGAGGUGGAAACUGUCACAGAUCAGAAAAGGUCAAUGACCGCUGUCAGAGACACUGGAGAUGGAGAAGAGGCCCGACCCCUUGUAGAGGACAUCCCAUUGGCUGGAUGAACAAUGAGCAGCAGCACCGUUCAAAAGGAGGCGUAAACUUGAACAUGAUUAACAACAGGGCGUUUCCCUGACUGGACUGACCAGAGGAUAAUGACUUGGAUGUGACUCCACUCUGCUUUGUGAUAUAUUUAAUGAGUAUAAAGACGCUUAAUUUAUCAAAAUCUCUUGUUAGCAGACUUGUGCUGUUCUUUUCAACAGGAUGCUUUUUACUAGCAUGUUGAACAUGAUCAUUUGCUUUUAGAACUGCUCAAGGACAUUGCUUGCAAUAUUGUAAAACACCCAAACCAAUAAUGUGUCAGUCGGUCUCUUGAUACUUUCUGAUCUCCCUACCUGGUCUAAUGGCUCCCAGCCCGAGCCCUCUGGUUUCUGCUGGUGAGGAACAGGUCAAAGACGAGCUCUUUCAAACAUACACCGAUCAGCCACAACAUUAAAACCAGCUGCUUUAUAACUUCUGGGUUCCCCUUCUGCAACCAAAGCAGUUCUCACCCAUCGAGGUGUCACUCGUCCUCUGAGGAGUCCGCUGGUGUCUGGCAUCGGGACGUUUGCAGUGGAUCCUGUAUGUCUGUCCGUGGAUGUCCAGCGGAUACUUAAUCGAAUUUGGAUGUGGCUAAUUUGGAGGCCGGGUCUUUGACACGUCCUUUGAGCCGUUCCUGAGCAGUUUCUGUGACGUGGAAGGGUUCAUUGUCCUGCUAUUGGAGGGCCAUUGCCAGGCGGGGGUGUACUUGGCCCUCACAGUGUUUGAAUGGGUGGUGUCCACAUGAAUGCCAGGAUCCAGCAUUUCCCAGUAGAACAUUGCCUUAUAAUGAGAAGAGCAAUGUUACUCACAUCGCCUGUCAGUGGUUUUAACGUUGUGGCUGAUCUGCAGUCACCGUACUGCAGUCAUGCGGUUACCUGUGUUCUUGCACAUGCUGUAUGUCACAUGUCUGAAAGGAGAGACAGACUCCUCAGCUAUGGGUGAUGAGUGAUGCAUGAGACUUUACUGAGGACAUUAAUGACUGUAUUGAUUUUAAAUAAAAACAACAAAGUGAAGGAUUAUCACUCAGUCCUUCAUGGGGUGAGUGGAUAAUGACUGCAUACUCA